CUUAUUCCUUGUUCAGCUGAGGAUCAGGGAUACAGCCAUACAGGCGGUGGCGCACCGCAAUCAGCAUUCACCAGGAAACGACACCGUAUUGCUUCCCCCAUGAUGUGUUCAACUCUCAAGUAUUCGAUGGAUACAAGUUAGUUCUGCUCUGCGAGGGGCUUCCCACUUGCCAGCGACAGAGACAAAGCUAAUUCAGUUUCCGAAAAUGAAGGCCAUAGUGAUAACUACUCCGGGAGGUCCAGAAGUGUUGAAGAUUCAAGAAGUGGAAGACCCACAGAUCAAAGACGACGAGGUACUCAUCAGAAUAGCUGCAACCGCGCUGAAUCGAGCCGAUACCCUCCAGAGGAAAGGUUCGUACCCUCCCCCCAAAGGUGCGAGCCCUUACCCAGGAUUGGAGUGUUCUGGAACUAUCGAAGCCGUCGGGAAAAAUGUUUCCAGGUGGAAAAUCGGCGACCAGGUAUGUGCUCUUCUUGGUGGAGGGGGAUAUGCUGAGAAAGUUGCCGUUCCUGCUGGACAAAUUCUUCCCGUUCCACCUGCAGUUUCUCUGAAGGAUGCAGCUGCUUUUCCUGAGGUUGCAUGUACUGUGUGGUCUACUGUUUUUAUGAUGAGCCGACUAUCCAAAGGAGAAACAUUCUUGGUACACGGGGGCUCUAGUGGAAUUGGUACAUUUGCCAUUCAGAUAGCUAAAUAUCAUGGAGUAAGAGUAUUUGUCACAGCAGGCAGCGAAGAGAAAUUAGCUUUCUGCAAGGAUCUUGGUGCUGAUGUAUGCAUCAAUUACAAAACAGAGGACUUUGUUGUGAGGGUAAAGGAAGAAACAGGUGGUCAAGGUGUCAAUGUUAUUCUUGAUUGUAUGGGAGCAUCCUAUUAUAGCCAGAACCUCGAGAGCUUGAGCUUUGAUGGGAGGCUAUUUAUUAUUGGCUUUCAGGGGGGUACAUCCACUGAAGUAAAUCUUGCCUCUGUGUUUGCUAAGCGUCUUACAGUUCAAGGUGCUGGCUUGCGAAGCAGAAGCCUUGAAAAUAAAGCUGUGAUUGUGAGCGAGGUGGAGAAGAAUGUGUGGCCAGCAAUUGCAGCAGGCAGGGUAAAGCCUGUGGUGUACAAGUCAUUUCCUCUAUCUGAAGCGGCAGAGGCUCAUCAGCUAAUGGAGAGCAGCAAACAUAUUGGGAAGAUUCUGCUUUUUCCGUGAACCUAACCCAAGUGCUUUGACAUUGUGACAGACCUUUAGAAUUUGGACUUCUUUCUGUGUCUGUGGCCGAGGAGACUAGUGCUGUGCACUUAAGUUGUCGUGAUGCUCAUGGAUGCUGCAAGGUUGUUUCUUAAAAAUAAAGUACCCAUAAUGAAUUUAUUCUGUAUGAUACAGCAAAUAUAGCUGCUAUAUCCAUGAAAUAGAUUCUCUCUGAGAUGGUUUAUGUUGAGAAGUUGAUGGAGUUGUGUAUAUUUUAGAAAGAAUGGAGUGAUGUUACUGAUUAAAAAAUAAAAAUGAAAAAAAAUUAUCUCA